AUGUCCUCCUUCGGCUCCAGAUCCGACACGCACAUCCGCCCCGCGAAACUCGACCCGAAUAGCAAUCAUAGCAAUAGCUUCAGCCAUUCCAGCGCAGACUACGGCCGCCUCAGCCAGCGGACCACGGCUGCAGCGGCCGCCGCAGCCGUCGCAGCCGCAGAGGUUGUGGCUCGGCCGCCCUCGGCUCGGGAGCAGCCUGUAGACGUCAAGAUAAACGACAUCGUCGGGAAUGGCGUUUCGGGGAUUCUGUACAAGUGGGUGAAUUACGGCAAAGGGUGGCGGCCGAGGUGGUUCGUGUUGCAGGAUGGAGUGUUGUCGUAUUAUAAGAUUCACGGCCCCGAUAGAAUAGUCGUUAGCGUUGAGACCGAGAAAGGCUCGAAAGUCAUCGGCGAAGAAUCGAUGCGGAGGAUUUCGAGGCACAGGAGGAAUGGCACUCCUCACCAGCUUCGUCGCAAGCCCUUCGGCGAAGUCCAUCUCAAGGUUUCGAGCAUCCGCGAAAGCAAAUCGGAUGAUAAGAGAUUCUCGAUCUUCACAGGCACCAAGAGGCUGCAUUUGAGGGCAGAGUCGCGAGAAGAUCGAUACGCGUGGGUGGAAGCAUUGCAGGCCCGACUUGUGGAAGAAGGUGUGAGGGAUGCAGCCAUUCAGGACAGUGAACAGAUAAUGAGGACUGAGUUUGCAGCGCUACAGAACCAGCUCCUACUGCUCAAGCAGAAGCAGUGGCUCUUAAUCGACACGCUGGCGACAGUUAGAGGUGGUUUGUCUGAAAAUCGACGUGGGCUGAGAGUCUUUAGUAUAGACAUGUGGUUUUCUCUCUGGGAUUUUCUUGUGGCAUGGACAGAAAAGGUAGAUUUGGAGAAUACAGUGGUUGAUGAGAGCCGUCAGUUUAAAGAUGGUGGGGCUUCUGCUAGAUCAAGGCAAGACAAAUUCAGUGAAGGAAGUGCAAGUGACUCUGACGAAGAUAAUGGAAGAGUUGAUGAUGCUGCAGAGGAAGAAACAGAUGAAGAGGACAAUGCUUUCUUUGAUACUCGUGAUUUUCUUUCAUCAAGUUCUUUCAAAAGUAAUGGGUCCGAAUAUCGGAUGUCAUCUGUCUCUUCAGAUGAUGAAGGGAUAAAUGCCAUUGAAUCAGAAGAUGGUAUCGAUCCAUCCAUGAGAUCAGUUGGAGCUAACUUUCCUUUCAUCAAGCGGCGUAAGAAAUUGCCUGACCCUGUUGAAAAAGAGAAGAGUGUUAGUCUUUGGUCAAUGAUUAAGGAUAACAUUGGGAAGGAUCUCACAAAAAUCUGUCUUCCUGUAUACUUUAAUGAGCCUCUGUCUACUCUACAAAAAGGUUUUGAGGAUUUGGAAUAUUCAUACCUCCUUGAUCGAGCUUAUGAAUGGGGUAAAAGGGGUAAUAGUCUUAUGAGGAUUCUUAAUGUGGCUGCUUUUGCGGUUUCUGGAUAUGCAUCAACUGAAGGAAGGAUUUGCAAGCCAUUCAAUCCAUUAUUGGGGGAAACAUUUGAGGCUGACUAUCCAGACAAAGGCCUCCGGUUUUUCUCAGAGAAGGUUAGUCAUCACCCCAUGAUUAUUGCUUGCCACUGUGAGGGUAAAGGAUGGAAAUUCUGGGGAGACAGCAAUUUGAAGAGUAAAUUCUGGGGUCGCUCGAUUCAGCUUGAUCCUGUUGGUGUUCUGACAUUGGAAUUUGAUGAUGGGGAAGUUCUUCAAUGGAGUAAAGUUACGACAUCCAUUUACAACCUCAUUUUGGGAAAGCUGUACUGUGAUCACUAUGGUACGAUGCGAAUACAGGGAAAGCAUGAGUUUUCAUGUAAGCUGAAAUUUAAGGAGCAGUCUAUCAUUGACCGAAAUCCUCACCAGGUACAUGGUAUAGUUCAAGAUAGGAAUGGGAAAACGGUAGCAACAAUGUUUGGAAAAUGGGAUGAGAGCAUGCACUAUGUGAAUGGAGACUGUUCAGGGAAGGGAAAAGGAUCUGAUUCUUUAUCUGAAGCCUGCCUGCUCUGGAAGAGGAGCAAGCCACCCAAGUUUCCAACCAGAUAUAACUUAACACGCUUUGCCAUCACAAUGAAUGAACUCACCCCUGGACUUAAGCAGAAGUUGCCCCCAACAGAUUCAAGGCUCAGGCCCGAUCAAAGGUAUCUGGAAAAUGGGGAGUAUGAAAUGGCAAAUGCAGAGAAGUUGAGGCUAGAGCAGAGGCAACGGCAGGCUCGAAAGAUGCAAGAGCAGGGUUGGAGGCCGCAGUGGUUUGCAAAGGACAAAGGAAGCGACACAUACCAGUACAUCGGUGGAUAUUGGGAGGCAAGAGAAAAGGGACAUUGGGAUUCAUGUCCUGACAUUUUUGGCCAAGUCCCUUGUGAACCGCUACUUGAGUAA